CAGCCAAACAUAGCCCCACAACCCAGUCAACUUCACAUGUUACCGCGGGUACCAGAAUGUAUCGGACGACUGAAAAACUGCCGACACUUAGUAUCCGAACCUACAGCUUUGGAGCCUCCCGAACCUAGCUUUGUCGCUAUAUCUAAUCAUAAACCCUCUGACUCACUCCAAUUCCGUCUGUGUCUCAGUGCACAACACUCACACUCCCAAAGCGUAUAAUGAAGACGUAGUGCUCUGCUUUUGCUCUGUGUCUCGCUCCAAUUCACGAAAACGGCACCCUGUCUCUUUUCACAGAGAGAGCUAACAAAGCCACCGCCAAUCCCAUCAGAUUUCUCCUCAGUUUCUGAACCCAAGGCCACAAGCUUUUCUGUUCCAUUUGCUCAGUUUGCUCUUCGUCUCGUUUCUAAUUCUGGCAUUUCUUCCUGUUUUGCCACGACCCUUUUAAUUAAAAUCUACGCAAUCCAUUAAACUCAAAUCAAAAUUCCAAUAAAGCUUCAAAAUUUCAAACUGGGUCCAAUCCAAUUCCAUCAGAUUUUUCCUCAGUUUCUGAACCCAAAGGCACAAGAUUUCUGUUUCAUUUGCUCAGUUUGGUCUUCGUCUCCUUUCUAAUUCUGGCAUUUCUCUCUGUUUUUGUUUUACCAGGACCCAUUUAAUUAAAACCCAAGCAAUCCAUCAAACCCAGAUCAAAAUCCAACAAAGCUUCAGAAUUUACAACUGGGUCCAAUCAAAUUCAGCAUCUUUCACCAAAAUCUCCAAAGAUAACGCAUUUAAACACACACCAUAUAUAGCGCACGCCUGCAGUAAAUACGAUGCACGCAAAAUCUGACUCGGAUGUGACCAGCUUGGCACCUUCAUCACCAAGAUCACCAAAGCGACCUGUUUACUACGUUCAAAGCCCGUCCAGGGACUCCAACGAUGGCGAUAAAUCGUCCACAAUGCAAGCCACGCCAGCCUUCAACAGUCCCAUGGAGAGCCCAUCGCACCCUUCUUAUGGCCGGCACUCGAGGGCGUCAUCUGCCAGUCGGGUUUCGGGUACCUUUCGGUCCUCUUCGGGUCAGAAAGGGACCCGGAAGCGCAACGAUAAGGGGUGGCCUGAGUGCAAUGUGAUUGAAGAAGAAGGUGACUAUGGCGGGCUUUAUAAAGACAAGGGAAUUUCUAGAAGGUGCCAGAUUUGGAUUGCUCUGUUUGGGUUUGUUGUGAUUUUCUCCAUCUUCUGCUUGAUUCUUUGGGGUGCUAGCAGGCCUUACAAAGCUCGGGUUGCUGUUAAGAGCUUGGCUGUGCAUAAUUUUUAUUUUGGAGAAGGAUCAGACACAACUGGUGUGCCUUCAAAGAUGCUGACAAUGAAUUGUUCAGUGAAGAUGAGUGUGUACAACCCUGCUACGUUUUUUGGUAUUCAUGUGAGCUCAACACCAAUUAACCUUAUGUAUUCAGAGAUUGCAGUUGCAACUGGCCAGUUGAAGAAAUACUAUCAACCAAGAAAGAGCUACCGGAAUGUGACUGUGAACCUCCAAGGGAUCAAGGUUCCUUUAUAUGGGGCUGGGGCAAGCUUAGCAGUCUCUGAUAACAGUGGAGGAGUUCCGAUGAUGCUGAUGUUUGAAGUCCGGUCACGAGGGAAUGUGGUGGGGAAGUUGGUGAGAUCAAAGCACCAAAGGCACAUAUCUUGCUCCAUGGAAAUCAACUCUCAUAAUAGCAAACCCAUCAAGUUAAAAACGAGUUCAUGCACCUACAAAUGAGCACCUGGGUUUCACCUGCUGCUAUUUGCAAUGCCUAGUGUUUCUGUUACAGUUAUUUUUGUUAUCAGUAUAUGAUAGUGUGGAGUGGUAUUGUAUGCCUUCUUCCUCGCCAAGAAGGUUCGUCUCGUCAUACAACAUUUUUCAAAUUUCUGCAUAGAGGCUAUUAUACUAGUGGGACCAUUGCGAUUCACCUUAUAUGACAAUUCAUAAGUUACAA